GGAAAAAAAAAAAUGCCACAAGAUAAUAAAGAAAUCGCUGUUGCUUAUUGUGCGAUCGACAAUAUGAACGCUUUGACCUAAUUUCUCGCCGUUGCUUAUUGUGCGAUCACAAUAUGAACGUUUUGACCUAAUUUCUCGCCGUUGCUUAUUGUGCGAUCACAAUAUGAACGUUUUGACCUAAUUUCAUGAAUACAACUGUUGAUUGGAAAAAAUUGGAUUUGAAUUUUAAAAGAAUUGGACUUUUUGGGAAUUGAAUAUGUGAAAUAAUGAGUAAUUACAGUGCUUUUAGUGAAACUGCGAGAAUGUUUUUGAGUCUACUUGAAAUAUCUGGAUAUGAUAAAUAUAUGGCUUGUUUUUCUCUAUGGAAUGCUUCUUUUGUGCCUUUUUUUCGACUCUGUUCAUGAAAUUAUUCAUAUUUUGCUUUUGGAUUCAUGAAAUUUCAGCGUAAUUUGGAAGUUUCUCAUUAAAGAUUCAAUAUUUACUGAAGUGAAAUCCAAAGCUUUAAUUUACCUGUAAAAAAUUCAACGUCCUUAUCAUUUUCAAUAUGAAUAGAAAAAGAAAAAGAGGUAAUUAUAUAACUACUUAGGACUCUUUCUUUGUAAUAUCCGAAGUCUUAUCUCAUUAUUUAUUCGAUCUCUUUCUCCUUGCCUGUAAAUUUCGGAGAACAGCUCAGCUCCUUGAGCAUUAUCCAUUUGGAAAUCUCAUUGAAUGUUUAACAUUAAUUGUUUUAUUCAUUUGAUGCUGACUUUGACUUGUUGGCCUCAACAAGUGGGCACCCUUUGCCAGCUGAGCCAUUUGUGUUCUAUAAGACGUGGGUUGUUACAGUUGUUUGCCGUCUUGCCUCUGGAGGUUAGAUUCAUUUCACAGUUUUGUCUUUUUGAUUCUUCACACCAUAAAGAUCUCUGCAGGGGGGCUUCUCGAUCUUCUCCUUGUGAGCCAUGGGUCAAUUUCUUUGUUGCUGUAUUCAAGUGGACCAGUCAACUGUAGCUAUUAAAGAGAGGUUUGGGCGAUUUGAUGAUGUGCUUGAGCCAGGUUGCCAUUGCAUGCCAUGGUUUCUUGGUAGCCAGCUUGCUGGUCAUCUCACAUUACGUUUGCAACAACUUGAUGUUAGAUGCGAAACAAAGACCAAGGAUAAUGUCUUUGUUACCGUAGUUGCUUCCAUUCAGUAUCGUGCGCUUGCUGAUAAGGCAAGCGAUGCUUUCUACAAGCUAAGCAAUACAAGGACACAAAUCCAAGCAUAUGUUUUCGAUGUGAUCAGGGCAAGCGUUCCAAAGCUCGACUUGGAUGAUGUCUUUGAACAGAAGAAUGAUAUUGCCAAGGCUGUGGAAGAUGAACUUGAGAAGGCAAUGUCUGCUUAUGGAUACCAGAUAGUGCAGACUCUGAUAGUGGAUAUUGAACCAGAUGAGCAUGUGAAGAGAGCUAUGAACGAGAUCAAUGCAGCCUCACGAAUGAGGUUGGCUACCAAGGAGAAGGCAGAGGCUGAGAAAAUAAUCCAAAUCAAAAGGGCAGAGGGUGAAGCAGAAUCCAAAUACCUCGCUGGUCUCGGAAUUGCACGGCAAAGGCAAGCCAUUGUUGAUGGGUUGCGAGAUAGUGUACUUGGAUUUUCAGUGAAUGUACCAGGAACCACUGCUAAAGAUGUUAUGGACAUGGUCCUGGUUACCCAAUAUUUCGAUACAAUGAAAGAGAUAGGGGCCACUUCAAAAUCAUCUGCUGUGUUCAUUCCUCAUGGCCCUGGUGCUGUUCGUGAUGUAGCUGCACAGAUUAGGGAUGGAUUGCUUCAGUCGCAAGUCCACCAUGAAUAGUGAGUGAUUAAUCCCUCCCCUCAAAUCCCACUUAAAAAAAAAGCUGCGUUCCUUUGAUUGAACUGUUUAAGUAUUGGGAUUUCUCUGAUCUCCCAUGUUAUUUCAUGCUCUCUCUUUCUCCAUGCUCUUUCUAUAAAGACUUAUAGAACCUUUUGUGAAUCAGUUGGCUGCUUUUCUAGUGAGAUAAUGUUACUUUCGUUGAAUGUGAUAAAAUCUCUGUUGUUUGCA